AUGGCUACCACGACUACCACCAUCCAAGAAGCGCCUGACUUCAACCCAUCUCUUCGGGCUUCCUCGAGCAGGCCGUAUAGCUACAAAGAAGCUUUCAUUCCAGCACUCACCACGCAAUGCCAUGCUUCCAACCUCCUCCAACUCCCCAACGGCGAUCUCCUCUGUGCCUGGUUCGGUGGAAGCAUUGAAGGGAGGCCCGACAUCUGCAUUUACAUGUCUCGCCUUCCGGUUGGGCAAAGUGUUUGGCCAGAUGCAGUGAAGAUGACGCAUGACCAUACGCGCAGCGAGCAGAACCCUGUUCUGUUCCGCAAUCCUUCGAACGGGGAAGUCCGUCUUCUAUACACCUCACAAAAUGCCGGAAAUCAAGACUCGGCGAUUGUGAAACAAUUGAUCUCGGCCGAUGGGGGAGUCAAUUGGUCUGAUCCAACUGUUCUUUUCAGCGAUGCCGGAACCUUCAUUCGCCAACCCAUUGUUGUCCUUCAGGAUCGCUCUUGGGUAGUUCCCAUCUUCAAAUGCCGUGCUGAGCCUGGGACCCGAUGGUUGGGAAGUGAUGACAUCUCCUGCAUUCGAAUUUCCAAAGACGAAGGGAAAACUUGGACCGAGAGGGAGAUUCCAAACAGUUUCGGAUGUGUACACAUGAAUAUCCAGCGGCUGAAGAACGGCACAUACCUCGGACUCUACCGGAGCCGAUGGGCCGACCGUGUCUAUUUAUCAACUUCCCCGGACGGACUGGACUGGACGGAGCCCAAACCGACAAUUCUUCCAAAUCCGAACGCGGGUAUCUGUUUUGAUGUCCUUCCCUCCGGGCGCGUGGUUUUGGUGUACAAUCACUCUUCGAAAGAGGAUGCAAUCGGUCGUCGAGAUGGUUUGUACGAUGAUAUCAGUGAUGGAACUGAUACAAGAGCCAACCAAGCCACGAAGCAUGGUAAAGAAGCUUUCUGGGGUGCCCCUAGGGCCCCUCUUUGUGUUGCUUGGAGUGACGAUGAUGGUGCGACUUGGAAGUGGAAGGCGUUGGAAGAGGGAGACGGAUAUUGCUUGACCAAUGACAGCGAAAAGAAGCGCAACAGGGAAUUAUCCUAUCCCAGUAUUCUGGCGGAAGAGAGUGGCAUUAUUCAUGUCGCGUUCACAUUUUGGAGGCAGAGGAUCAAGUAUAUGCAGCUGAGAGAAGACUUCUUCAAAUAG